AUGCCGCCGCCAGUAGCCGCCGCCGUCCGCGACAAAGUCGCCCGCCUCCCGCCCCUCCCCAAACUGCGCGUGCGCCGCCCGAACAAGGAAGUUCAGAACCCGUGCGUGGGUGUGAUGUCCCAGCUGCUCGGAUGCUGGGCGUCGUCGGGCUACACUAUUGAGGGAUGCGGAAAGCUGGAGGAGGCGCUGAGAGGUUGUAUGGACACAAAGAAAAAAGUCCAGCAACCGAAGAGUACCAUCAAUUACCAUCUGUCGAGGUUCUAUGCCAACCUUGUUGGUCCCCAUAAGAGGAAGCGGUAG